GAAGAAAGUGGCAGAAGACAACAAAAACAUUUCAUACUCAACCAGGAGCCACACCAUUUUCUUCCCUCUCUUCCAUCAAAACCCUUUCUCUCUCUAGAACCAGACGAAGAACAGGAAGAAGCUUCAGAAACCCCUUCAAUGGAGAUCGCUUCAUCUUCAACCUCCACAACAAGAUCAUCCCAUGAAACAGACAAAAACCCUUCUCCCAAUACUUCCCCUAACCUCCUCCCUAGAUCUGAUUCCACCCCUUACCCCACCACUUUCGUUCAAGCCGAUACCUCCAAUUUCAAACACGUCGUUCAAAUGCUCACCGGCUCGUCGGAAUCCCCCAGGCCGCCGCACCCACCGCCCUCCUCCAAGCAGCUCUCUUCCAUUCCUUCUCAAGACCCCUUUCAAUCUUCCAAGAACUUCGCUAUUCCUCCGAUUAAAACUGCCCCCAAGAAACAGCAGAGUUUCAAGCUGUAUGAGCGGCGGAAUCACCUCAAGAAUAGUCUGAUGAUCAAUACCCUAAUCCCUAAUUUCCCCGGUGCUGCUGGGUUUUCGCCUCGUAACACUGAGAUUCUCUCUCCGAGUAUUCUCGAUUUUCCUUCUCUGGCGCUCAGCCCUGUUACGCCGUUGAAUGAUGACCCGUUGUUUGACAAGUCGUCGUCGUCACCGUCGCUUGGAAGCUCGUCGGAGGAAGAGAAGGCGAUUGCCGAGAAGGGGUUUUACUUGCAUCCGUCGCCGAUGAACACACCGAGAGUGGCGGAACGGCCGCAACUUCUGUCUCUGUUCCCGGAAACGUCGCCUAGAGUGUCGGAAUCGUCGUCUUCUUCGUGACGAAAACAAGGGUUUGCUCUGUUUUACUCUGUUUUGUUUGUAGAGAUUCGUAACUUUUGAUUGAUUCUUAGAAAAGAAGAAGAGAAUCAUUGAUCAAUCGAGUGGGGAUUUGGGGUUUGAUGAAUUGAUUCUCUGAGAUUAACGCAGUGAUUAAGAGAAAUCCAUUGGUAAUGAAUGUUAAAAGGCCUCUAUGAACUCUUUGAACUGAACUUCAAUUUUGGUUUUGGUUUGAAUUGUGGUGUUCUUUCUUGUGAACCAUUUUCCUUUCCAUUUUCCUUUCCAUUUUCCGGGAAAGUUGGUGAGAAAAUGAUUGUUUUUUUGUGAAUUGGGUGAGAAAGAAAGCAAAGAUAUAAUAAUUUAAGUGAAGACUUCGCAUUAAACGAAGGGUGGAGAUCCACAAGGAAGAAGGUUGGAAGUUCCACUUAGUGUAUUGAUGGAUGCAAUUGGGGCUGUAAA